AUGUCCGCACCCACCACCAUGAAGGCCGUUGUCAUUCAGGGUCCCGAGCAGGUCGCCGUCCUCGAGCGACCCAUCCCCAAAGCCGGCAAAGGCGAGGUCGUUGUCAAAGUCAGCCUCGCCGCUCUGUGCGGUUCCGAUCUCCACAUCUACCGUGGUCACCAGCCCGUGCCCAAAUACGACUUUGUUCUCGGCCACGAAUUUGUCGGCGAAGUCUACGAGAUCGGCGAGGGCAUCUCCAAAUGGAAGAAAGGCGACAAGGUCGUUUCGCCCUUCACCAUCUCCUGUGGCGACUGCUUCUUCUGCAACCGAAACCAGACGGGUCGUUGCACUCAAUCCCGCGUUUUCGGCUCCGUUCCUCUCGACGGUGCUCAGGCCGAAUACGUUCUUGUGCCGCUGGCGGACACGACGCUGUAUCCGAUCCCCGCCGAGGUGCCCGACGAGAUCAUGCUGCUCACCGCCGACAUCUUCCCUACGGGCUACUUUGUUGCCAACAACGCGUACACGAUGCUCAACGAGGCGGAGCGCAAGGACACGGUUGCUGUCGUGAUCGGUUGUGGUCCUGUCGGCCUCUGUGCGGUCACUGCGGCAUGUUCGUUCUUCAAGACGGUCUACGCUGUCGAUUCUGUCCCCGAACGUCUCGCCGAAGCCAACAAGCACGGUGCAAUCCCUCUCCACCUCACCGACGAUGACCCGGUUCAAACCCUCAAAGACGCCACCGGCGGUCGCGGUGCCGAUGUCGCCCUCGAAGUCGUCGGUGCCGGCCCGGCGUUGGAUCUUGCCGUUAAGAUCGUUCGCAACUUCGGCGUCAUCUCCUCGUGCGGCAUUCACACCCACACCGUCACCCUCCAAGGUCCCGAUCUGUACAACAAGAAUUUGCGCUUUCAGUUCGGCCGCUGCCCGGUUCGCGCCGUGUUCGAUCCCGCCGUCAAACUGCUCAGUAAGCAUCAUGAUUUGUUCGGGAGCUUUAUUCAGCAUACCAGACCGAUUGAGGAUGCUCCGGAGUAUUAUCGGUUGUUCAACGAUAGGAAGGUGCUUAAGACUGUAUUUAAGAUGGAGCACAAGUGA